AUGGUAGUAACACUAGUAGUAUGUUUGAUUGACUCUCUUUCUGAACAGGUUGAGCCAACUUCUACUAUUUUGGAUAUUAAGGCUUUGUUCCACAAAUCAAAUCCCCAGUGGUACCCAGCUAGACAGUCCUUACGCCUGGAUCCUAAGGGUAAGGGUCUGAAGGAUGAGGAUGUCUUGCAGACACUUCCUGUUGGAACCACGGCCAGCUUCUACUUCUCUGACCUGGGGGCCCAGAUCGCCUGGGGCACUGUCUUCCUAUCAGAGUGUUACGGACCACUGCUCAUCUACUUGAUGUUCUACUUCCGCCUGCCUUUCAUCUACGCCCCAAAGUAUGACUUUAGCAGCAGCAAGCACUGGGUUGUACAUUUGGCCUGCAUGUGUCACUCCUUCCACUAUGUGAAGAGAAUCCUUGAGACGCUGUUCAUCCACCGAAUAUCCCACGGUACCAUGCCACUGAGAAACAUCUUCAAGAACUGCAGUUAUUACUGGUGUUUCGCAGCAUGGAUGGCCUACUAUAUCAACCAUCCACUCUAUACACCGCCCUACUAUGGGCAACAGCAAGUGAAGACAGCACUCAUUAUAUUCUUAGUAA